GUAGCAAUCCAUAGCAAUCAACAAUUGCGCCCUGAUCUCGUACAGUCUCGUCGUCUCGUGCUGACCUUGGAACGUACAAUUCGGUCGCAGUUAGUGUCAUAGGAUCCUUUCGAUAAAAAGGGGGCGAGAAACCUGGAGUGCGAUGAAGAAGCUUGUGUUAUCUUUGCAAAUAUUAAUCCUCGUAUCAGUCGCGAGAGGAUUUACAAAUGUUUAUCCAAAACCUAAGAAUUUUCCCCUUAGCGAUGGGGAUGUUGGUUCGCCGCUUUUCUUGACACCCCUCAUCGAAAGCGGAAAAAUAGACGAGGCUCGUAUCAAAGCCGCCGUACAGCACAAAGAAAUGAACGAUGUCAACAGUUAUGCCGGUUAUUUAACUGUGAACAAAGCGUACAAUUCGAACAUGUUCUUUUGGUUUUUCCCAGCUGUGCAUAAUCCGAAGACUGACCCCGUAGUAUUAUGGCUACAAGGUGGUCCUGGAGCUUCAUCAAUGUAUGGUUUGUUCAUGGAGAAUGGCCCGUUCUACGUAACUGUGAAUAAAACACUGGCAAUGCGUACAUACUCAUGGACCAAGUCUCACAAUGUCUUGUAUAUUGAUAAUCCAGUUGGAACUGGAUUCAGUUUUACUGAAGAUGAAAAGGGCUAUGCGAUCAACGAGACAGACGUGGGAAGGGACGUUCAUACGGCAUUAGUUCAAUUCUUCCAAUUGUUCCCUGAACUUCAAUCAAACGAGUUUUUCGUCACUGGCGAAUCCUAUGCUGGAAAAUACGUGCCUGCCGUGUCUCACGCUAUCAAAGAUUAUAAUAUCAAAGCGAAGACGAAGAUCAAUUUAAAGGGUUUAGCAAUUGGAAAUGGACUCACUGACCCAGAGAAUCAAUUGCUGUAUGGUGAUUAUUUGUAUCAAUUAGGUAUACUCGAUUUGAACGGGAGAGACUUGUUUCAUCAAUACGAAGAGAAGGGCAGAAAUUUGAUCAAAGAGAAAAAGUAUAUCGAAGCCUUCAAUCUGUUCGAUGAUCUACUGGACGGUGAUCUGAACGGGUAUCCGUCGUUGUUCGCAAAUUUAACUGGGUUCAAGUAUUACUUCAACUAUUUGCAUACUCAAGAUACAAACGAAUCCGACUACAUGGUGGAGUGGCUUCAAAGAGCAGACGCUAGGAAAGCUAUACACGUCGGCAAUUGCACGUUCAACGUUGAAUCUACCAAAGUCGAAGAACAUCUGAAAGCUGACGUCAUGCAGUCUUUGGCAAUUCUUAUAUCAGAUCUGACGCAGCACUACAGAGUUCUCAUAUACAAUGGACAGCUGGACAUUAUUGUCGCAUACCCCUUGACGGAGAAUUAUUUGCAAAAGCUGAAAUGGUCUGGUGCUGAUAAAUAUAAAACAGCUAAGAGAAAGAAAUGGUACGUCGACAACGAAUUAGCUGGCUAUUCAAAGACCGUGGAUAACUUGACGGACGUGUUGGUGAGAAAUGCCGGACAUAUGGUUCCUGCCGAUCAGCCCAAAUGGGCUCUCGAUCUCAUCACUCGUUUUACAAGGAAUAAAAACUUUUAGAUAUGAUAUCUCAAACGUCUAUAACUUAUCUUACAAGAAAUGUGAUAAUUCCUAUCAUACUCAACAGAUACCUUUAUACUUAACAUAGAACUACGUGAAAUGUAUCUUCAAAGAAAUUGUGAAGAAUACUUAAUAGAAAUAAAAUAUUAAUGUUUAAUUUUGUAUUACAAGACGCAGUAAACUGUAAAUCUAA